CUUCUAAUUAACAUCUUAGAAUUGAUUUCUUCUUCUCGGCUAAAUCAACUCCUUUCCCAAUUUUCAUGACUAUGGCUAUUAAUAUAUGGUUGAUUUUUCCAUUUAAGCUCUUCAAUUUUUUCCCAAUUUCAUUUAUUAUUAUCAUUAUCCCCAUUUUUCAAUUAAAAACCCAUGGAUCCAUUUUGCUCUGGCUCACUGGCUGUCGUUGUCCUCUUCUAAUUUUUCUCCAGUAAAAGAUAUUCACACUUACAAGUUACACCGAUUACUAGAGAAAUUUAGAAGAUCUUCUGGAAAUUGGCAACCACUCACAAAGGUUCAAUGUCUACUUUUGUUGUUUGAUUAUUAACAGAGUAAUUAUUUUGGCCUUAGUUAUUAGUUAAUUUAGCAUACUGAUUUUUAUGUAUACUAAUUUAUUAUGCAGAAUUUUGCAAUUUGGCAUUUUGGCAAAAUGUCAAUGGUUGUCUGAAUUUUGAAAGCACAUAUUCCACAAUUUAUCAGGUCUUAUAGUUCCUUACUCCAUAGUCUCCAUUUAUACAAGAUUUUGCCUAAAAAAAACUUAUCUGGGUGUGAAAAAAGAAAAAGGAAAAUAAGAGAAGAACUAAAAAAAACACAACAAGGAGCUCUUAAUAAGAGCAAUACCUUCUCAUGAUAAUUUGAAUAUAAAUGAAUUUUUACAUGAUGAUAUUGGUAAAAAUGUUAAUGCGGUUGAUGAUCUUAAUGCUAAUGAAUUUUUGAAUAAUAAUGUUAAUGAAGCUGAUGUGAAUGCCAAUGAAAUUUUUAAUAAUAAUGUCAAUGAAGAUGAUGUGAAUGCUAAUGAAUUUUUUAAUAAUAAUGUCAAUGAAGAUGAUGAAAUUGAUAAUUUAAGUGAGCCUCUUGAUAUGCAAGAUAAUGUAAAAACUACCUCACCUAUGGGUUCUUAUGAUCCCAAAGAUUGGGAUAGUCUUGAUAAUAAAUCAAGAGACAAUAUUAUAGAAAAGCGACCUAUUAGAGAACUAAAUCUUAAUUUUCCUUUUGAUGAUAAUGGUAGACGUUUUUCCUAUUUCUAUUUUGUUGAAAAAUUGAGUAAUGGUGAGGUUAGUGAUCGAAAGUGGUUAAUUUAUUCAAAAAGUGUUGACAAAAUGUUUUGUUUUUGUUGUAAAUUGUUUAAGUCCGCAAAUAAUCGAAGUUUGUUAGCAAAUGAGGGUUUACGUGAUCGACAACAUAUUAACAUUAGACUCAAAAAACAUGAAAUUAGUUUACAACAUAUGACUAAUAUGAAUACUUGGAAUGAAUUGAAAAAAAGAUUGAAUAAAAAUCAAACAAUUGAUAAAAGUUUGCAGGAAGAGAUUACGAAAGAAAAAGAACAUAUGAGACAAGUUUUUUUUAGGAUAUUAUGUGCUAUAAAAUAUAUUGGUACACAUAACUUCGCUUUUAGAGGAUCCAAUGUAAAACUUUAUCAAGAUAGUAAUGGCAAUUUUCUGGGAUUGGAUGAAAUGAUGGCCGAAUUCGAUAUUGUAAUGCAAGAUCAUGUUAGACGUAUUCAAAAUAAUGAUAUUCAUAAUCAUUACCUUGGGCCCAAAAUUCAAAAUGAGUUGAUUUCCCUUUUGGCUUAAAAUGUUAAAGGU